AUGGCGUGGGAAGGAGGAAUCGAGCCUAAUGGCACAGAAGGAAAGAACUUCUACAUCCCCAUGUCCAACAGGACAGGGAUUGUUAGAAGUCCUUUUGAAUACCCGCAGUACUACUUGGCAGAUCCUAUCAUGUUCAAGCUUCUGGCUUUCUACAUGUUCUUCCUGAUCUGCACUGGGACUCCCAUCAACGGUCUGACACUGGUCGUAACGGCUCAGAACAAAAAGCUACGCCAACCUCUCAAUUACAUCCUAGUCAACCUGGCUGUGGCUGGACUCAUCAUGUGCGCCUUCGGAUUCACCAUCACCAUUACAUCUGCUAUGAACGGCUACUUCAUUCUUGGGGCAACUUUCUGUGCUAUUGAGGGAUUCAUGGCCACACUUGGAGGUGAAGUUGCUCUCUGGUCAUUGGUGGUCCUGGCUGUUGAGAGAUACAUCGUUGUCUGCAAACCCAUGGGAAGCUUCAAGUUCUCUGGAACCCAUGCUGCAGCUGGAGUUGCUUUCACUUGGGUCAUGGCUAUGGCUUGUGCUGCUCCCCCUCUUGUAGGCUGGUCAAGGUACCUUCCUGAAGGCAUGCAGUGCUCCUGUGGACCUGACUACUACACUCUAGCUCCAGGCUUCAACAAUGAAUCAUACGUCAUCUACAUGUUUGUAGUUCACUUUUUCCUCCCUGUGUUCGUCAUUUUCUUCACAUAUGGAAGCCUUGUGCUGACUGUCAAAGCUGCCGCAGCACAGCAGCAGGACUCAGAAUCUACCCAGAAGGCUGAGAGGGAAGUCACACGUAUGUGUGUGUUGAUGGUGUUUGGCUUCCUGGUAGCUUGGGUACCAUACGCUUCUUUCGCUGGCUGGAUCUUCAUGAACAAGGGAGCUUCCUUCUCAGCACUGACAGCAGCUAUUCCUGCCUUCUUUGCAAAGAGCUCAGCAUUAUACAACCCUAUCAUCUAUGUGCUGUUUAACAAACAGUUCCGUAACUGCAUGCUGAGCACUAUUGGAAUGGGUGGCAUGGUGGAGGAUGAGACCUCAGUUUCCGCAAGCAAGACAGAAGUGUCCUCUGUCUCUUAAUCACAAUGACUACAUCACAU